GUUAUUUCUCUGCAUUCUAUUUGUUUAUUUGUUUGUGUUAAUAAGCCUGGUGUUUGUUAGGGGAUGGUGAGAUGGAGUGAUGUUAAACAGUAACGAGGUGAAGAGAAAGAGAGAAAGAGAGGAGGGGUGGCAGGGUGUGGCUAUCAGACGAGUUAAAUACAACGACAUGGCAACCCGACUUUUAUUAUUCCAAUCUGGCAACCCGCUUCGGGAACCUCCUCCGGUUGAGUGAAAGAUCUGCUGGGGUUUGAGAGGAGCAGCGCAGGAAAAUCCCUCAUCUCCUCUCAUCUCAUCACAUCUCCUCAUCAUCUCAUCAUCUCACUCCUUCUCCUUCUCCUCUUCCUGCUGCUAGCGGAGCGCGUGCCUUACCGGAGAGAAGAGAGCCCUCGCGCGUGAUCGAAACCAGGGACUAAAGACGAACCGGACGAACCGGAACCGUGUCCAGACGCGUGUGUGUGUGUGUGUGUGUGUGUGUGUGUGUGCGGUAUAAACCCUAUAGAUAGUAGCGCUGAGAGUGCGAUCAUGCCGCGUGUGUGCUUCAGUGUGUGGGAUUCCAGAUGAACGGAAACAGGGCUGUUUUUGGAAUCAUCUGGGAAUAAUCAGGAAUUUGGAGUGUGACAGUGUGUGUCGUUUUACCAGGGAGCGCCUGGAGGAAAAAAAGGGAGUCCCCUCGGAUUUAUUUUCAUUCUUCACGGGUUCCUUCAGUUCCUCAGGAUGUUUGUCUCCACCAUGUGGAGGAUCUCAGCUGUGUGCUGCCUGCUUCUGUUUCCCACAGCCUUCACGCUCGCGCUCGUCACAGACCCUGGGCUGUCCAACCGAACUGGAGAUCCCUCACAGAGCUACCUGCACAUCGGGGACGGAUCGUCGCUGGAGUUCGAGUUUCCUGAGAACACGAAAGGCGUGAUCGUGAUCUCCAGCCGGCGGCAGAGCUGGAGGCAGACGGUCCGGGUUCGCUCCUUAGAACCGGACGUUCUGUCCAUCUUGAACGUCAGCGACAGUGGCGGCGGCCGAUCCGGCCCUGUGAACAGCUAUGUCAUCAGCAUCCGCUCGGGAUUACCUGGCACGGCUCCGUUACUCAUCCAGCUGCUGGACCUGGAGCACAGCUCUGAGCCGGUUCUGAUCGAGGAGCGGCGGGAUUAUUCCAUCCGGGUGGAGUCUGGUGGAGAUGGAGACGGUUCUACACAGCUUGCUCAUUUCUCAGACAAUCCGGUUCUGUUUGCUUUGCUGCCCCUCAUCUUUGUCAACAAGUGUGCGUUUGGCUGUAAGGUGGAGGUGGAGGUGCUGCGGGAGCUCCUGCGUCGGCCCGUCCCGCUCCUGCUCGGGAUCACGGGGCAGUUCCUGGUGAUGCCCAUGUACGGGUACGCUGUGUCCCGUCUGGCCUUGCUGCCCAAAGCGCUGGCUCUGGGUCUGGUCAUCACGUGUUCGGCGCCAGGCGGAGGAGGCGGAUAUCUGUACAGCUUGUUAUUAGGUGGAGACGUGACCCUGGCCAUCUGCAUGACCUUAGUGUCCACUGUGUUUGCGACGGCGGCCAUGCCUCUCUCAUCGGCGCUCUACGGGCGGAUGCUCGGCGUCCACGCCGGCCUCCACGUGCCCUUCGUGAAGAUCCUGGGCACGCUGCUGUUCAUCGCCAUCCCCAUCUCCCUGGGUGUGUGCGUGAAGCUGCGGUUGCCGGCUCUCACCCGGGUUCUACUCACCCUCAUACGCCCCCUCAGUCUUCUGCUUAUCAUAGGUGGGGUCUUCAUGGCGUAUCAGAUGGGCGCCUCAAUCCUGGCUGACGUACAGCUGAGCAUGGUGCUGGUGGGCAUCACGGUGCCCGUGCUGGGGCUGCUUGUGGGCCUGGGGCUGGCCCGUGUGGCAGGACUCGCUGUGCCCCACAGGAGGACCGUGUCCAUUGAGGUGGGAGUCCAGAAUAGUCUUCUCGCCCUCGCCGUCAUGCAGCUCUCGUUCCGUCGUGCAGAGGCAGACUUCGCUUCUCAGGCACCGUUCAUCAUCGCCCUCAGCAGCACCAGCGAGAUGCUCCUGCUCGUCAUCGUACAUCUCACACACACACGUUUCUGUCACACAAAUGAACACAAUACAGAGACCUGACACACACACACACACACACACACACACACACACACACACACACACACACACAAUACAGAGACCUGACA